AGGCCACAUAUUCAGCUUUCCUUCCUGGACUCUUCUCAAGUACUGCAGACACAAGGUUAGGUUAGAGGGUUCCGACCUUCCAUCUACAAGAAGCCAUCGGCGCUGCUCUGUUCUGUUUCUCCUGGCUCUUGCCAUCGUCUGGUAGCUCUGGUUCAAAGCAGGUGGUUGCCGAGAAUACUGUCGGUUGGACAGUGGAAUAGUAAAAUGUUGGACAAAACAUUGCACGGAUGCCUGCUUCUUCUCGUCGUCCUCCUCGCUAACGCAUCAGGCAGCCAUGCUGAAACCACCGUGGAUUCAGAGCAAGCGUUGGCGCCGGCCUUGCCAGAUUCAGAUGAAGGCAAGAGGCGAUCCCUGGCCACGGGGGGCGGCAUGUUCUGCGUGGCGAGUCAGGGCGCGGACCCGGCGGCGCUGCAGGCGGGGCUGAACUGGGCGUGCGGGCCGGGGCACGCGGACUGCACGGCCAUCCAGCUGGGCGGGCCGUGCUACAAGCAGAACAACCUGCAGGCGCUGGCGUCCUACGCCUACAACGACUACUACCAGCGGAGCGCCAAGACCAGCACCGCCUGCGACUUCAACGGCACCGCCACCACCACCACCACGGAUCCCAGCUCGGGACAGUGCGUCUUCACAGGAAGCUCCAUGGCAGGAGGUGGCACUCCGACGGCGAGCGCCCCCAGCGGCCUGUCCCCGUUCACGCCGGGCACGGGUGGCUUCGGCAACGGAUCGUCGUCCUUCGGCAGCCCGACCGGCGGCCUGGUCCCUUUCGAUGGCGCGGAGAGCCUCUUGUCCGGCGCCCGGUGGGCGGUCUGCGUCCUGCUGCUGGCUCUGCCGCUCUUCUUCUUCUUCCUCUGACCAGCUGCGGAUGUGGAUUCAACUACUUGCUAGAGCGUUUACAGCUACAACGUUUUGUUCUUGGGUAGAUUCGCUUGUGUGGUGGGUGUACAUGCUGUCAGGAUCGCGUUUGGAUGUGUUGGGAGAUUACAUAAGCUGCUGCACAGAUGGAUCGUCUGUGGACUGGACUGGACUGGACCCCGUCAUGUUCCCAUGUAUUUUGGUCUCGGAUUCGUUCAUGGUAGAACCCCAGAUGUAAAUGAAUCAUGUAUUCAUGUUGCACACAGAGAUGAUGACUCUA